UCGAAUAUAUUUUACGUCGUCCAGAAAAUCUUUUGACUAUUGCUUGCCGGCGCAUAUCUCAUGCUGAAACUCUUUCUCGAUCAUUUCCCCGUGCGACACCAAUUGCACUUGAUGUUACAAAUGAAACAGCUCUCGAUGCUGCACUAAUUAUUACUGUCACUCGAUUUUUGAAUGACACUGAAUGUGAUUUUGAACUUCCUACUUAUAGAGCCAAAGAAAAUGGGAUAACUAUCUUGAAUGAGAUAGGUCUCGACCCUGGUAUUGACCAUCUUUAUGCAGUUAAAACUGUAAAUGAAGUUCACGAGGCUGGAGGAAAAAUUGUAUCUUUCAUUUCUUAUUGUGGAGGGCUUCCCGCUCCUGAAGCAUCCAAUAAUCCUCUUGGAUACAAAUUUAGCUGGUCUUCACGUGGUGUGCUAUUAGCAUUACGAAACUCCGCUAAAUUCUUCCUAAAUGGGGAGAUCGUGGAAAUACCUGGAACACAACUUAUGUUGUCUGCAAAACCUUAUUUUAUUUAUCCAGCAUUUGCAUUCUGGGCCUAUCCAAAUAGAGAUUCUACGCCUUUUAGAGAGUUUUACAACAUUCCCGAAGCUAAAACAGUUUUACGCG